ACUGAUAAUAUCUAGGAGAGGACGAAGAAGAGGAAAUCCCCGCAACAACGUUGGGAAUAUGGAUUGUAAUAAAAAUAUAUUCAAAACCCUAUCUCUGUUUCUUGUUCUACAGGUCGUCAUCAUUCCGAUCACCGAAUCAAAAGAAAUCGAUUACGUAAACCUCAACAUCACAAUACGAAACGAGAUGAAGGGACUGAAGCGACCGGAAGUCGUUUAUCGAUGUCGAUCUAAGCGAAAAGACUACGGAUGGAGAAGAUCUCGGGUACCUGGGACACAACAUACGUUUCCGAUCGUUGUCGAGGUGAACGAAAGCGUGAUUCCGGCGAUUCACCUCUGCAAUUUCAGGUCGGUGAUGGGGACAGCAGAUCUUGUGAUAAGAAACACGUAUCUAGAUGCAGAGGUAUGUCCUAGGUCGUCUUGUGUGCACGAUGUUACGCCUGACGGGAUCAAGUUCAGAGGCCAUGAAUUGGAUUUCAGGUUUGCUUUUCAUUAA